GUCAUUUCUUUCGAGGUUUGACGAGAGUGUAUGCAUUCUCAAUCUGCUCACCAACAAAAUGGUUGAAUCCUUUGAGAAGAUAAGAGAAGACGAGGUAAAUGCAAUGAUUAAGAAGCUGGAGGAAGCAAGUUCUUCUGCUUCAUCAGAAAAUCUGAGCGAACUCUUUAUUACUCUGCCAAGCGAUGUUACGAGUAGGGUUGCCUUGGGAAGAAAACAUAGCGAGGACGAAACCGCAAGGGAUCUUAAGAAGCGAGUGAGGCAGAUCAUGGAGCUUUUAGGCGAGUUCCCGAUCGGGGAAUAUGUCCCCAUUUUGGGAUGGAUAGAUGGGAUCCGUGGUUUCAAUAAAAAGAUUAAGGAAGUGAGUCGCGGGUUUAGCGAUCUUAUGGACAAAGUGGUGCAAGAACAUUUAGAGGCGGACAAACAUAAAGCGGAUUUCGUGGAUAUAUUGUUAUCAAUCGAAAAAGACAAGAAUAAUGGAUUCCAAGUUCAAAGAGACGACAUCAAAUUUAUGAUCUUGGAUAUGUUUAUUGGAGGAACGUCAACAACUUCGACUCUACUAGAAUGGACAAUGACAGAACUGAUCAGAAGUCCAAAGAGUAUGAAGAAACUCCAAGACGAGAUUCGGUCAACCAUUAGGCCACAUGGUUCAUACAUAAAAGAAAAAGAAGUUGAAACUAUGAAAUACUUAAAAGCCGUGAUUAAAGAGGUGCUUCGGUUGCAUCCUUCUCUUCCAAUGAUACUUCCCAGACUCUUAAGUGAAGAUGUCAAAGUAAAGGGAUAUAACAUAGCCGCAGGGACAGAGGUGAUAAUCAAUGCUUGGGCGAUCCAACGAGACACGGCGAUAUGGGGACCGGAUGCUGAAGAAUUCAAACCGGAAAGACACUUAGAUUCAGCUUUGGAUUAUCACGGAAAAAAUCUGAACUACAUUCCAUUCGGUUCAGGAAGAAGGAUUUGUCCUGGGAUAAAUCUUGCUUUGGGUUUGGCAGAGGUGACAGUGGCCAACCUUGUAGGCCGAUUUGACUGGAAGGUAGAGGCUGGACCAAAUGGGGAUCAACCUGAUCUAGCUGAAGCCAUUGGUAUCGAUGUUUGCCGCAAGUCUCCUCUCAUUGCAUUUCCGUCUUCUGUUAUGUAACAUGCUUUCUCUUUCACGUGGUUGUGCAACAUCAAUAAGAUGAGACUCAUGAUGAGUUGUAAGAAAUAAAUUAUCCUUUAUUUC